CCAGGCCUGUGAGGAGCUAUUGUAGUCCCUCCCCGGGCCGCUAAGGGCUGAGAGGGGAGCCGGUGCUGCUGAAAGCUGGUGCCUCAGAGGGACGAUGGUGGAGGGCUGGUAAACAUGGCGGCGCUCUCCGAGGAUGGGAGGUACGGAUUAAACUGUGGCCAACACAGCGCAGACAGAGUCACCGUUCUGCACGUCAAAUUGACCGAGACAGCACUGAGAGCUAUUGAGAGUUACCAAAAUUGUACGAAUGUAUCCUCUUUGCAGCCAACAAUACAAUUCAAAGGAGUCCAAGGGCGCAUUAAAAUACCCCGGACAGAUUCUUCCGCUGAUGCCACCCACAAUUUUGAUUUCUAUCUGUCCAAUGUUGGCAAAGACAACCCUCAGGGAAGCUUUGAUUGCAUCCGUCAGUAUGUUUCCAGCUCAGGGGCCUCUCACUUGGCAUUGUUAGCGACGGUACAGGACAAGGUCACAAUAUGCGCGACGAAUGACUCCUACCAGGUGACCCGGGAACGGAUGACACAGGCUGUGGAGGAUACACGUGAACGUGGGACCAAAGUCAUCAAACCUGGUGGCCAGUACAGAGGAAAGCAAGUACAUGUCCGUAAACCAGCACUGUCCACACCUGAGGUUGUCCCGGAGCGCAAGCGAUCAACACCUAUCAACCCAGCCAAUACUAUCCGCAAGUGCCUUUCCAACAACCCUGUAUCUCAGCGGCCAUUUCGGGACCGUGUCGUUCACCUGUUGGCGCUAAGGCCCUACAAAAAGCUGGAAGUCCUUGGCCGUUUGCAGCGAGAUGGAAUAAACCACAAGGACCGCAACUCCCUGGGGACCACUCUGCAACAGGUGGCAAACCUUAACCCCAAAGACAAUACAUAUUCACUGAAGGACUUUGUUUACCGCGAUGUCCAGAGAGACUGGCCUGGCUACUCUGAAGAUGAGAAGACCCAAGUGGAGCGUAUCAUGGCCCGCAAACUAGGUCUUCCUACUGAGGCGCACUCCUCUAACAGCUCUCCCAAAGACAGUUUACCUUCAUCCCCUCGGAAGCGCCAGCCAGAUUUUGACUUCAUCGAUCCUUUGGCGCCAAAGAAAGCCCGCAUCUCCCACCUCAGCAAUCGCGGGCCAGCCACAUCUUUAUCGUUGUCGUCAUCAUCCUCAGACCGCCGUGAGGAUGAUGGAAACCCCAGCGCAAAAUGCUCUUCUCUCCCUUCCAAUGUCAUCUUGGGUCCUCCCAGCCACCUUCCAGUUCCCUCUCAUCCUCCAGCACCCUCUCACCAGCAGCCUAGCCCAGCCUCCAGCUCGAAUUCCCCCUGCACGCCCGAAGGAUGCGGCACCCAGGACUUGCCCGUGGACCAGAGUUCCUCCUGCCGGGACACUUCACCAAGUUCCUUGUCAUCUGAUCGAGCCUCGCAGCAGCAUUAUCAGCGACCAAUCCCAGUGGCCACACCAGUUGCUUCAACGAGCCCUCCACCCUGUACGUCAGUCACUGUUACCUCCACUGUGAUCAGCAACUCUGCCUUGUCCACCAGUGACAACAGGAAGUUCAAGAAGAAGUCCAAAAAGCACAAAGAUAAGGAUCGCCAGCGGGACAAAGGGAAACAGAUAGAAAGGGGCAACAACAGUACUCAAAGUGUAGUUGAGCAGGCUAAGGAGAAUCGCAAAUCUAAAAAAAGGCAGAAUGUUGAGGACGAUAGAAGAGAAGUUACCGACAAGAAUGCUCACACAUAUGGAGAUUACUCAGAAAAGAAGACUCCUACUGUAUUCACAUCCACAAUCGAGGCGCCUGACUAUGAAACGAAGUACACAGCACUGGUGUCAACAGACCAGAGGCAGCACUACAAGAACGACUUCAACGCUGAGUACGACGAAUACCGUCUGCUGCACGCCCGUGUGGAGAACAUAACACGCCGCUUCACGCAGCUGGAUUCACAGUGCCGGAAGCUGGCACCAGGCACCAAAGAGUAUCAGAAGGUGCAAGAGGAAGUCUUGAAAGAGUACAAAAAGAUGAAACAACACAGCCCUAACUACCACGGCGACAAACAGCGCUGUGAGUAUCUGCACAACAAGCUGGCACACAUCAAGCGGCUGAUAGCAGAUUUUGACCAGCGCCAAGCCCAUACCUGGUGCUAAGAAUCCUCCGCCACAUCACUGAUCAGUAUUGUCCAACGAGGAGUGGGGGCAGGUCCAACAGACUUUACCAACACCCCUGCAGUUGCUGCCGAUUACCCCUUUCCUUAUUUGCCCUUAUUACACCUUCCUUCUUUCAUUCCUUCCUUUUCCAUUUUUUUUAUUCCACAGGCUGCAUACGGCCUGAAAUGUUCUGAAUCCCGCAUUGACUUACUUUACCCCAGUUUUGGCUCCACCACCCCUACUUUUUUUUUUUCCCCACCCCGUUUUUCUCUCUAAGGCAUUUGGGAUUUUUCUAUACCUGGGGGCCUACACAAAGAGCAAAUUGGUUUUGGUGGACUUUACAUCUCAUUUUAGCGUUUGAAAGACUUUAUCUUGCAGGAAUUAGUAUUUUUGAGCAUAAAAGGAACUAUUGUAUUUAAGAAAAAUAAGAUCUAUUUAUUUUGGGACUUGUCGUGCAAAAGAGUCCGCUGUUGGUUUAACUUUCGGUAAACAACGCAAAAUAAAAAAACUUAUUGGCCUUAAGGGUUUUGACAUUGUCAAGCCAUUUUGCACAUAAGAGCCAGAAAUCUUUUGGCAAAAAUGUCUCCUGCACCAUUGCUGACCUCUCGUGCUGGUGGAGGCCACGUGACGCAGGGUCGAGCACGAGAACCAACAGCAAGGCUGUGCCAUAGGGGAAAUUAGUGAGCCGAUGUGUCGAUGGAUUGUAAACUGUUGUAAUGGUCAUGUUGAGGGAAUUACAUGUAAACCUCUCCUAGGGGCCAGCGUUUCCCCUGCACCAAGAGUGUUGAUGUCAAUGGUGCCUUAAGGUGUUUCCACUCGAUUUUAGUGGAGGUCCAUCCUUUUGGUGCAAAGUCUAUACAAAGGAACAACAGCUGCCUAGGGGAAAAAAAAGUGUGUGUGUGUGUGUGUGUGUGUGUGUGUGUGUGUCAGUGCAUGCGGCGUGUGUGUUUAAGCAGAAAACAGAGAUGUGAUACGUGUGUUACAAAUUGUAUGGGAGUGCGUUUGAAUGAUUGUGUGAGGUUGAGAGAAAAAGAAAAUUCUGGAGGAAAAAAAAAAAAAAGAAACAAACUGAAAAUAAUAAGAAAAAAAAGCUGCUAUUGUGUUUGACCAGCCGGAGCACUCAGAAUCGACCAAAUGAGAUGUUUGUCAGUUCUGAUUUGCUUCUUCUGCUGUGUAGUCAUUCUUCACCAAGGUCAUUCACCAGGGGACAAAUGUCUUAUUAGAUCAAAAUGUAUUUGAUCAUUUUGAGUUCUGCAGAGCAUUGAUGCUUAAAAGUGGUAUUCAAUAUAAAAGUAUAUUUUUGAGUCUUUAUGUUAACAAGGGAAACAUUGUUUACAAAACCUGUGUUAUCUUAAUUAAAUACUUCUCUGGUACACUUACACGGAGUAGCAUUUCUGAUUGGGAAUUGGAUGGCUGGAGAGGUUAUUUUGUCACAGGCCAAGGAUUUGGACCCCCACGAAAAAAAACAAAAUCCUUUUGGGCUGCACCCCCUUUAGUGCUGCAAAUUGAAAGUAGCAUUUUAUAAGCAUGGCCCCAUAGAAUUGUCAUCAAUUUACACCAUCUGCUGCCGCUCCUGGCCGCAGAUGAUAAAGGCAAACUCAAAAUACCCUCUUAGAACUAACCCCAAGCUCAUUACCCCAAUUAUAAGUCAUGUUGGGACAAAUCCAUUUCCCCCCGCCCCAAAAAAAAAUAAAAUAAUAAAAUAGUUGGUUUGCGGUCACAAUUCACGAGUUCAUUUUUUAGGGGCCAAAGUCGCCACUUUUAUUUUGGAGUUGUCAAUAUGGACUUGUUUGACACCAGAAACUAUGCAGAAGGCAAGGGCAUUUACAUCCUGUACAGUUAUGUCACCCCAGGAACCAAAGAAAUAUGCUGUCACUCAUUUAAAAAAAAUGUGCUUGAAAUGUUCUCAUUACCUCUUGUUUGAAGAGGGAUUGAGCAAGUCUUAAAAGUAAUAACAGAAUUGCCCUGGCAGUAUUCAGCCAUGGAUUGCAAACAAAAAAAUCAAGUGGAUUGGAUGCAAACUUUGAUCAUGCCCAAAUGAAAAUGUAUGAGAUGUUUCAAUAAACUCCACUUGGUUUUACCAACA